AUGGCCCUCAGUAUCCGGCAGAAGAAGGUGCGAAGAAUCUCCGGAGACCCAGUCCAUGGGGUUGUGGUGCAAGGCCCUGUGGAUGGUCUGGCUACUGGCACCCCACUCUAUAGUGUGGCGGUGCAAGGCACUAUAGAUGGAAGGACUACUUGUAGACCAAGGGGUUGGAGGUUUGGUACCUGGAAUGUAGGCACGUUGACAGGAAGAAGUUUGGAAGUGGUGGAGGAGCUGCAGAGGAGAAUGGUUGACGUAGCUGCAUUACAGGAGAUCAGAUGGAAGGGUGAGGGUACAAGGUUUGUGGGGGCUAAAGGUGGAAGAUAUAAGUUGUGGUGGAAGGGGGAUGAUGGUACUGGAGGAGUUGGUGUGAUGGUAAGAGAAGAGUUGGUGAAGGUGUUGGAAGUGAGGCGGAGAAGCAAUGGUGUAAUUGUGGUGGUGAUGGUGUUUGGAAAAGUAAUAGUGAGGGUGAUAUCAGGAUAUGCUCCGCAACAAAGUAGGAAGGAAGAGGAGAAGGAUAGGUUUUAUGAAGAUGUUUCUGACGAGAUUGGGCAAGCGGGGUUGGAUGAGUUUGUGGUGUUGUUGGGUGAUUUGAAUGGUCAUGUGGGGGCGGAUGCAGACGGAUAUGAAGGUGUACAUGGGGGAUGGGGAUAG